GAUAGAUAUCAGAAACUUUUAAUUUACAUCAUUGCAUCGUCAUGAAAUGAUGGAGUUUCGAGACGGGGAGAAAAACCAAACGACGGAUGCGCGGAGGAGGGUUGGGUUUCGUCGGUUUGACGUUCGCAUUUUUGGAAAUUCUGGGUAGAUUUUAUUGAGCUUUGCUGUUUCCCUUGAAAGGGAAAAUUUUCUGUGGUGUUCCUGUAGUUCCAUUUUCCAGUCAUUUUCCACUGGCAUUUUUCAGCCUUCACCGCUGUCAAGCCUGUCAAGUGAGAAGACGGCAAGCGCAAAAACAAGGUCAAGGCCGCGUGUCGUGCCGCCGCUCGGUGCAGCCGCAGUCCACGUGCUCAGCCGACGGCUCCAGUCGGUGCCAGGCUCCGGCGGACCCUCUGACCCCUCGCACCGCCCCCCGGGCCGUCCUAACCACGCCCCUUGGACGCUCCCACAGCCUCUCCACUGAGUGAACGGACCAUCACAUCCUCACAGACAUCUCCUCCCACCCACCCCACCCCCAGCUGCCGCUCCCCUCCUCCCUCCCGGCGGUCCCCUCCCUGCCCUCAGCUCCGUCCCUCUCCCCACUCCCCUCCCACCCCUCCCGUGAGCCAUGUCGUCGCGACGGAAGCAGGAGGAGAAGAACCUGCAGCUGCUGCGCGAGCAGGCGGCGCUGGCGCCCAACAAACAGUGCCUCGACUGCGGACAGCGCGGCCCCACCUACGUCAACAUGACCAUCGGCUCGUUCGUCUGCACAUCGUGCUCGGGCAGACUCCGCGGUCUGACCCCGCCACAUCGCGUCAAAUCCAUCUCGAUGGCCAGUUUCUCAGCCGAGGAGAUCGAGUUCAUCAAACAGCGAGGCAACGAGUGGUGUAAAGCGGUAUGGCUAGGCUCGUUCGAUUCAAGUCGACAUCCGACAAUCGACAUGAAAGACGACUCGCAAAUAAAGGACUUCAUGGAACUCAAAUACGAGAAGAAGCGGUACUACGUGGAGCCGAGCGUGGCGUUUAAGGACAAGCCGUCGGGCGGCGGCGGGGGCGGCAGCAGCCAGCCGUCGCCACCGGCCGCCGUCGAGCCACCGCCCGCCAUCAAACCGCUCUCCAAACUGGCGGGGGCACACGUCAAACCGAUCGUGCUCGGACAGAACUCGACGAGCAGUGGGACGAUCACCACCACCAGUCGGCCGGCCGAGCGGAAAAACAUUGACCUGCUGGCCGACCUGAGCCCGGCCGCGUCUGCCGCGCAGGGCGACCCCUUCUCCCCUACCGGGCGCGCCGCCGCCUCCGCCGCCACAGCGCAGACGGCCAACUUCGCCAACUUUGCCAACUUUGACGCGCUGAAUGCGGCGGCUCCGCAGCCAGGUGCGCGGCCAGCCACCAGCACGGCGCCCGGCUCGUUUGCCAACUUCGGCUCGCCGGCGGCGGCGCUGUCGGCGGUACCUCUGGCCACGUCCAGCGCCGCCCCGGCCGCGGCUCCAACCUCCUCGUCGGCCGCCGACCGGUACGCGGCGCUCAAGGAGCUCGACGAGGUGCUCAAGUCCGAGGUGGAACCCAAGAUCGACUGGACGGCCGGCGCCGCCAGGGGUCACGAGCCGGCGAGCGGCGGUGGCUGGGCGGCGUUCGGCAGCCCCCACCAGCCGGCACCGGCCUCCAACGGAGCCAGUCCGUACGGCCAGAGUCCGCAGCAGCACAGCUUCCCGGCCGGCCAGUUCACCCACCACGCGGCCAACGGCUUCAGCCCCGGCGCAUCCUGGCAGCAGCAGCCGCAGCAGCCGCAGCAGCAUUACCAUCAUCAGCAGCCGCAGCAUUACCACCACCACCAUCAGCAGCAGCAGCAGCCCCAGCACCACCACCAGCAGCAGCAGCAGACGGUGUUCGGCCCGUUCACGUCGGCGGCCGGGCCCGUCCCGUCGGGCGGCUACGGCGGCUACCGCCCGCAGUACGGCGGCGUGCCGGCGCCGGGGCCGUACCCGGUGCCGGCGGGCCACGUGCCCGCUCCGACCGCCAGUCCAGAUAUGGGCGGCCUCUCGGGGUACGGCGGAGUGCCCACCAGCUCCGCCGGGUUCCUGUCGACCGCCGGCGGCUGGCCAGUGCCCGGACAGCCGGCCUCCGGCUGGGGCGCUCCGCCACACAACCCCUUCAUGUCCAACGGCGGCCUGGCCGGCUCGCCCGCCAACCCGCACAACCCAUUCCUUUGAUGGCUGUCCGGUCGCCGCCGUGCCGGUGCCGUCGGGUGCCACCGCUCGUCCCGGGUGUAUGUGAUAUUUAGUUUGGGAGUCGCCGCGCGCGGCCGCUGCCGCCGAUUUUUGUGCUCGUUUUCCUGUGCGCCGCCGGUGCUGCGGGGUCGUUUUGGUGUGUCCAACCUCGGGUGAAUCGUGUUUUCUACGGCGGGUGGUGAGCUCCGCUUUGUUGCCGUGUCAGAGGGAUCCGUUACGGGAGUGUCCUGACGCGCUGCGGCCCGGACUGGUGGCGCUCUCUGUCCGGACGCCGCCCGGGUCUGUGUUGUUAUGUUGAACGGACGUGAGAGCGGUGGGAACUCUACAGCGCUAGUGUUUGUUGCAACGAGUUGCCGGCGGCCCAGGACUAGUACGGACGCCGCGACCGGGCCCUGACGGAGAAUGUGCAAUCUUUCAACGUGACUGCGCGGCGGCCGCGCUGAGCGGUGUGUUGCGGUCGGACGGUGAAUAGAGUGUGGCCGCUGCCGACCCCGUGCGGCGGUACUGGGUUCGGGAGCUCGUGGCGCCAGUCCGUGUGACCGCCGCCGCCCCUUCCAGCUCCCCGCCUCCGCCGCGUCACGCCAGCUGUGUAUCGAUGCUCAUGUAUUACUUCAACGAAUAUCUGCCGCCCGACUGUGGGCGCCACUCAGCCGCGCUGCCGCCUGUCCAGCGCCUCCGCCUGUCGGUCUCCCCUACAUACUCACCGUCCUGCCGCGCCGCCUCGACCGUCUCGCUGCCGACGAGACGGCACGAGGGCGUGAGAGGAGCCGCCUCUAUCGCUCCCGAGACUGCCCCGUUCGCCCGCCGCGCCGGCCGGACGGGCCACUCGCCUGCUGCACUCUGCCCCUUCUGUUUGCCGCCGCGAGCAGCACAGUCCCACGUGAGCGCGCCGCUGUUACCGGACGCGCUCCUCGGGUCCCGGCGUCCCGUGUGGGCCGCCACACGGCGUCAGUCUGUUUGUAUUAUAUCAUGUUAUCCUAUCGUCAGUAUAUUAAUAAACUCGUGAUUUUA